UAUAUUUUAUCAAUAAAAAGUGAAUAUAUUUUUUUAUUAGUUUUUAUAAAAUUUAAUAAAGUGCAAGCAAAUUGCGUAGAAUGGCGCAUGCCGUAGUGAAAGUUGUGGAACGUUGCGAAAAUGCACAAGAAAACAAUACAUUAGAUUUGUCUGAGUGUCAAUUAAUGCACAUACCUGAUGCCGUUUACCAUUUGAUGCGAAACACAGAACUUAAGACUUGCGAUCUCAGUUGCAAUGUGAUUAAGAAGAUACCCCCAAAAUUCGCUCUUAAAUUUAAUUUAAUAACAGAUUUGAACUUGUCACACAAUCAAUUGUCCAGAAUACCAGAUGAGUUGGCAGAUUUGAACUCCUUGGCACGUUUAAACAUUUCACAUAAUUCAUUUAUUGUACUGCCACCAGUUGUGUUCAAAAUGCCCAAAUUACGCGAAUUGGACGCCAGCAAUAACGCCAUCAUAGAAAUCGACACAGAUGAGAUGGUGACCAGUGAUUGCUUAGAGUUAGUAGAUUUAAAACACAAUCCCUUAUGCCGCGUCUUUCACCGUAAAUUGCAAAACAUCAAUGUACCGUUCCGCAUCGAAGUCUCAGAGUACGACGAGGAUGCAGACUGGUAGUUGCCUCCCUAUUUGAGAUCAUCCUAUUUGAAAUGAUGUUCGACAUUGCACGCACAUCCAAAAGAGGCAUGAUAUACAUACUUUAAGUGCAAUGUCUUCAAAUAUAUACUGCGAAACAUAUCUCAUUUAGUUUUAGGCACAUACAUUUAUGUACAUUUAAUCCAUUAGAGAACUCGAUAUUGUAAAAAUAUUUAGAACAAAUAUCUAACUGUAAAAUAUUUAUAUAAUCUAGCAUAAUGACAUGUACUUAAGGCCUUGUAGCUGCAACUGAAGCCAUGAAUGUCUAAGGCACUUGUCAGUUACUAAGGCGCAUUCUAGUUGUAAGGCAAUUCGACAAUAACUCAGAACUCCAAAGAUUUUUUUUAUUAACAUUUAUGCAUGUAGAAAUUUAGUUUAAGUCAAAUUUAUUGAGAUUUUUUUACUGUGAUUACUUAAAGUAAAGAAAUUGUUAUAUACUAUAUACAUAUAUAUAUAUGUAUGUAUAAUUAUAAUCCUUAUGGCAAAGCAUAGAGCGCAGGUCCUUAGAAUUGUUUGUAAAUGUAAAUAGAAAGUAUCUUUUAGUAUUUCUAGUCAAGCAUCAGUUCUUUUUAUGAUAUAUGAACGGACCAAUUGCCGAUAAUAAUUAUGAUUUUAUUAAGUUUAUUUACUUUGUUUACAUUUUUGUAAUUAAUUUUUAAAUUAAUGUAAAAAAAUUAAAAUUUGUACUUAGCUUAAAGCGACACUUAAUAAACUUUUUGUUUGACUCUUUGCAU